CACUAUAUGGUCAUAAAGUGCAAAAAUGUAUAUAUUUCUGUAAAGCUGCUUUGUGUCCAUUGUUAAAAGCGCUAUAUACAAAUAAAAUUGAAUAAUUCUAAUUAGGUUUAAGAUAUCACUCCAUGCUGCAAUGAGCCAAUUUGCAGUUUUAAUUGUAAUUCUGGUGGCUUCCACAGUAUUUAGUGUGCCUGGAAUGAGUAGGUAAGGGGAUUAGGUGUAAGUACCAAGUUUGUGAACUUUGCUUCCAAUUAUAGCUUCUUGCUCUUAUUGGCUGGUCAAUGAUAAAUGCUAAUUUUAGGGAGCGCGUUAAUUGGUGCAAACUCCCGCUCUGCUCUGCUUUGCUCCACUCUCCUAAUUAGCUCCGUUUUCCCUGCAGGCUGAAGGCCUUAACUUUGCUGUUACAAUAUUUAAUGGCGUCACCACCCGAACCGGAUAGCACCACUGAUCAUUUCAAUUCUGUAACUUCAGACAGUGAAACAGGAACUGUUGCCUUUACAGAAGAGCCAGAGGAACCAUUGCUUGUGUCUGUAGACCGUGCCACACACACUGUUGUAUUUAAACAAGAGCCAGAGGAACCAUUGUCUGUUGAUACAGACUCAUCAGGCUCAGAGUUUGAGGGGCUCCCACGAUACACUCCACGCCCUGGCCAACGCAGGAGACUCUUUUAUUCAAGAGAGUUUGAUUCCCUGUUGAGACACCACUUUCAAAGAGAUUUGAAAGAAAAAUUCAUAACAUACAGGCGAUUAAUACACGUUCUGAAAAAAACCCCAGAGCUAGUGGAGGAGGCCAGACGUCUCCAUCUGACAACAGAGAAUAUAAGAAGUCGGCUGAGGAAGCUGGCUUUCCGUUACGAAGAAGUUAUUCGUAAGGAUGCCUGGGUUUGAGAAUAUGUAUCGGACCUCCACCUCCAGUUUGCAAAGAAAGCCAAAAAAAAGUGCACCGUGCCCUCUCUGUGGCGUCUCCUUCCGAAAUGUUCGCCAACAUCUUAUAAAGCUCCAUAAAGUACUCAACAAAAUGGAGCUCAGGAUCUUGCUGCAGUACACAUCUGGCACGUAUAAUGGCCUCAAUGAUUGCCCUAUCUGCAAAAGGUCUAACUUUGUGCGUUUAGAUAAACACAUGAAACUAUGCCAUUCAGAUAUGACAGAAGUGCAGCAGAAGGAACUUCUUACGAAAGCUAAAAAACAGACAAAUCUUUUGGAUCUGAAAACAUUACGGGCCAAAAAUCCAUCCCCUCCCUUGGUUAGUACCCUCGAUGUGGAGAUGUUGGCCGAGUCAGAUGAUGAAACAAGCUCCCCUCAGCAAUCGAUUAUGGCACAGAAGGACGUCAUUACACACCAGGUUGCUCCCCACCAAGGACCAGAGGAAGGAGACACCAGAGAGAGGGAGGACACUGCUCCAACCACACAACCAAACUGCAAGGGCUGCAAGGUACAGAAAGCAGUUGUCAAACAACUGAAAGAAGAGAUAAACACAUUAAAAAAUAAAAACCCAUUCCCCCUGCGGAGAAAAUAUGAGAGAAGGAAUACUGUACAGACAGAACUUCCAGUUUUUGAAAAAGUCCUUCAGACCUGGCUUAAUCAUAUUGAAGGCGUCACGUAUCGCCAGAACGAGAACGCACGCCAGAGAGUCACACGUGUGCGAUCCUGGUUGGCUUACAUGAGUGAUGGAGGGGUGCCAACCAUGGAUUUUGCUUUCUUAUCAGACCCCAGCAAGCUUAUAAACUGGGCGCACUCUUUGAGGAAUUUUGCUGUAACAACACAAAGAAUAUACAUAAGCGAUGUGAGGUCUUUCCUGAAAUUUCUCCUUGAAGCACGACUGGACACUGUGAGAGCCUCUAAAAAGAAAUUGAAGGGGGCAAUUUUCAGCCUAGACAGGCUUCGGAGGAAACUAACGAGCAGGCUUGUUGUACACAAACAAGCUGUUAAGGCCAAAAAAUCAAAAAACAUUCUGGAUGCAGUACACAUACAGACCUUCCUGGAAAAGGCUAGACGAGCAAUACCGAAUGCUUUAGUCACUCUGGAGCAAAAUCCCCUGCCACAAAACCUUUACCACCUAUUUGGCCUGUUGUCAGGGUUCAUAAUUUGCCUGACAGGGCACCGUAGGGGAGUCUUGUUGGGAAUGGAGGCAGAAGAAGUCCACGCUGCACCUAAAGACAAAAAUGGACGUCGAGUUAUUAUGGUGGCAAAACACAAAACAUCCUCAAAAUAUGGCCAUGCCCUUGUCCCUUUGGAAAAGGAGGAAUAUGUCUGGUUUGCCAGGUUUUUAUAUCAUAGGCACAAAUAUCCCAUGGGCGAGUCCAAAUUGUUUUUUGCAAACACAAAUGGGGGUCCAUUCUCCCGCUUAGCAGGCACUUUCCAGGAGUGCUGGAAGGAGUUUGGGCUGCCAGGAAAACCAACAUUUGGCCUCAUACGAACAAGCAUCAGCACCUAUGUUGGCCGUGAACUGGAUUACAAGCAGAAGGAGCAGGUACGGCGACUCAUGUGUCACAGCACAGCAGUUGCUGAGGUGUUUUAUGAAGCCAACCAAAACCUGACAGAUGCUUUCAAGUCCCGCCGGGCCACGGCAACAGCUGUCCAGAAGCAGACCAACAAUCCUAGGGAAGGAAGGGAGGAAGAUGAGGACAUGCACAGAAGUAAGAAAAGAUGCAUCUCCAAGACACGCAUGAGAAAUUACAAAGGUGACAAGAAAUAUCCCGAAAGUGACAUCAAGGACACCAGCACUGAAGACAGUGAUGACACCACAGAAAAAACAGAGGAGGAGGAUGAGGACAGAAUAAGGAGGAAGGCUGCUGGCAAGACAGAUGACAAACGUGACAAGAAAUAUCCUAAAAGAGAGACCAAAAGCACCAGUGUUGACAGCAGUGAUGACACCACAGAAGAAACAGAGGAGGAGGAUGAUGAGGACAGAAUAAGCAGGAAAGUUUCUGGCAAGACAGAUGACAAACGUGAUGAGAAAUAUCCUAAAAGAGAGACCGAAGGCACCAGUGUUGACAGCAGUGAUGACACCACAGAAGAAACGGAGGAGGAGGAUGAUGAGGACAGAAUAAGCAGGAAAGUUUCUGGCAAGACAGAUGACAAACGUGACAAGAAAUAUCCUAAAAGAGAGACCAAAAGCACCAGUGUUGACAGCAGUGAUGACACCACAGAAGAAACGGAGGAGGAGGAUGAUGAGGACAGAAUAAGCAGGAAAGUUUCUGGCAAGACAGAUGACAAACGUGACAAGAAAUAUCCUAAAAGAGAGACCAAAAGCACCAGUGUUGACAGCAGUGAUGACACCACAGAAGAAACGGAGGAGGAGGAUGAUGAGGACAGAAUAAGCAGGAAAGUUUCUGGCAAGACAGAUGACAAACGUGACAAGAAAUAUCCUAAAAGAGAGACCAAAAGCACCAGUGUUGACAGCAGUGAUGACACCACAGAAGAAACGGAGGAGGAGGAUGAUGAGGACAGAAUAAGCAGGAAAGUUUCUGGCAAGACAGAUGACAAACGUGACGAGAAAUAUCCUAAAAGAGAGACCAAAAGCACCAGUGUUGACAGCAGUGAUGACACCACAGAAGAAACGGAGGAGGAGGAUGAUGAGGACAGAAUAAGCAGGAAAGUUUCUGGCAAGACAGAUGACAAACGUGACGAGAAAUAUCCUAAAAGAGAGACUGAAGGCACCAGUGUUGACAGCAGUGAUGACACCACAGAAGAAACGGAGGAGGAGGAUGAUGAGGACAGAAUAAGCAGGAAAGUUUCUGGCAAGACAGAUGACAAACGUGACGAGAAAUAUCCUAAAAGAGAGACUGAAGGCACCAGUGUUGACAGCAGUGAUGACACCACAGAAGAAACGGAGGAGGAGGAUGAUGAGGACAGAAUAAGCAGGAAAGUUUCUGGCAAGACAGAUGACAAACGUGACAAGAAAUAUCCUAAAAGAAAGACCGAAGGCACCAGUGAUGACACCACAGAAGAAACAGAGGACAGGAUAAGGAGGAAAGGUGCUGGCAAGACACGCAAGACAGAUGAAAACAGCAACAAAGAAAUAGUUGUGAUACUGGACAGUAACGAAGAAGACCAGACACAAGACAAAGACAAGAAGGAUGAACAAAACAACAAAGAUACCUCAAGUAUUCGAAAGGAUGACGCAGGACGUAGUACAGAUUCAUUCCCGCGUUCAUUAAUUUUCCAUUCCACUAAUCCUCCGCCGAGUCACAGGAGAACCAGGAGCAUAUCCCAGCGAGCUCGAGGCAAAAGGCUGGGGACAGCCUGGAAGGGGUGCCAACCCAUCACAGGGCGCAAUCGCCGACCCACUCGCACACCCCUUCACACACUACAGAAGAUUGGGAAAUGUGGGAGAGGAAACCAGAGUCAUAAAGACAAUGACAAAGAUGAACAACACACUGAUGCAGACAUGCCAGGUGAAGGAAAGGACAAAACCAGGAACAGAACAGACACAGCUGAUGGAGACAAAGAUGAACAGCAACAUGCUGAUGCAGACAUGCCAAGCGAAGGAAAUGAGACGGGGCACAGGAAAGACACAGCUGAUGGAGACAAAGAUGAACAGCAACAUGCUGAUGCAGACAUGCCAAGAGAAGGAAAUGAGACGUGUCUUUCCUGUGCCCCAGCUGAUGGAGACAAAGAUGAACAGCAACAUGCUGAUGCAGACAUGCCAAGUGAAGGAAAUGAGACGGGGCACAGGAAAGACACAGCUGAUGGAGACAAAGAUGAACAGCAACAUGCUGAUGCAGACAUGCCAAGUGAAGGAAAUGAGACGGGGCACAGGAAAGACACAGUUGAUGGAGACAAAGAUGAACAGCAGCACAUUGAUGCAGACAUGCCUAGUGAAGGAAAUACUGAGACGGGGCACAGGAAAGACACAGCUGAUGGAGAUGAAGACAAAGAACAUGUCGAUGCAGACAUGCCUAGUGAAGGAAAGGACAAGAUCAAAUUUACAAACGAGACUGAUGGACUUAAUGAAAUGGAUAUGGGAUGCAGCACAGAGAAGACCGACAAUCACAUAAACAUAGACUUGCCAAAAGAUAAGAAUGAGAGAGGAAGUAACAAUCAGACUGAACAACACACACACGAAGUCACCCAACCAUCCAUACCCCAAAAGCGUAAGAAAACCCUUUUGAAGAAUUCAACCCUCCGCAAAUGUGCCCGAAAAAUUUCCAGUGAUGAAGAGUCACCUGUCAAAGAAAAGUCAUUGGUGUCACCUCGCAGACUCCGGAAGAGGGCAGGUGGAUUAAGCCCAGUUGCUGUAGCCAGGAUGCAUAGAGCACUGAAAAUACUUGCAAGAAAAAGGGGACAAAAAAAUUAGGGCCUAAAAUAAAUUCAUUCAUGUUUCUCAUAAACUCAACAUUACUGAUUAUCAAUAAGAAAUUAAAGAAAAGCAGGGAAAGUUGUUCAGUUGGAUUGUUAUUGAUGCUCAAUGGUCUGUGAUUUUUGUUUUAUUUACAAAUUAGGAAUAUAUAUUUUUUUUUAACUAAUUCAGGAUAAAAGACUUGAAACUUUUGUUUUAAAGGAAGUGGAAAAUGUUCAUUUUCCUGUUUUUU